AUGGAACCUGCAUAUCAGAAUCUAAGGCAGCGGGUGGACAACUUUGUUUCCAACCAUCUAGCAACUCAUACAUGGAGUCCUCACUUGAACAAGAACCAACUAAGAAAUAAUAUCAGGCAACAGGUUCUUAAAUCUGGAAUGUUAGAAUCGGGAAUUGACAGAAUCAUUUCUCAAGUUGUGGAUCCAAAGAUCAACCACAUAUUCAGGCCACAGGUAGAAAAGGCUGUCCACGAGUUUUUAGCUACACUCAAUCACCAAGAAGAGACCAGUCCCAGCACUGCCCUGCCUGAAGAGAAAUUAGAUGCUUCUGUUUUGCUGCAAGGUAUUCCUGCUGUCACUCCAAAUGUGAAUAUGGCUAAUGAUGCUCUGUCUAUUUUGGAGACCAUAACAUCUCUAAACCAAGAAGCCAGUGCUGCCAGGGCUUCUACAGAAGCAACAAAUGCCAAGACUAAUGAAAGAUUCUCAAAGAAACUCCUGUCUCAGCACAGUUUGGAUGGCAGCAUUGAGAGAGACCGGAAUGCAGAAGACUUUGUUGAUGGAGAAAAAACUCCCUGUAACUCUACAGAAGAAAACUUUGAACUAGUAGUAAACUGUGAAGAUGUAAGUAAUUCAUUUUCUUCAAGUGAAGAAGGAAAAACUGCGUCAAAAGAAGCCAGCAGCUUGCUUAAUCCAAGCAAGGAAAUUUUUCAGGAAAGCGAUGAACAAAAAAGUAAACUGAUGGAUAAAUCUGAUAGAAAACUGGAAAGCUUGGAGAAAGGAGAAAAGAAAAAAGAAAAGAAAGAAAAAUCUGACAAGAAGUUGGACGUCUUAAGAAGAAGUAGUGAUGAUGUAAAAGCAAGAGAAGAAAAGACAAUGAAAGAUAAAGAGAUAGAAGUGAUAAAACAUUUAGCUCUGGAAAAGAACAGUAGCAAAAACAAAAAUGAAAGCACAAAAGAAGUGUUGGAUGAUUCUGAUGUGGACAUACUGAGUGAUAUUACUGUUAGCUCUGUGCACACCAGUGAUCUUUCUUCCUUUGAAGAAGACAGUGAAGAAGAAGUUGUGCUUUCUGAUAGCACAGAAGAAGGAGAGAUUGUUUCUGAUGAUGAGGAAGAUGAAUGCAGCCAGAUGAAAGCAAAACCAGAGGUAGAUGGGACAAAUGAUAAAAAAAUGAAAUCUGGACGACACGCUUAUGUCCACAAGCCUUACCUUUACUCCAAGUAUUACAGUGAUUCAGACGAUGAAAGGACAGUGGAGCAACGUCGCCAGUCAGUUGCUCGAGAAAAAGAAGAGAGACUCUUGAGGAGACAGCUUAACAGAGAAAAACUUGAAGAAAAGAGGAAACAGAAGGCUGCAGAAAAGACAAAAUCUCUGAAAACUGGUAAAAGCAUCCAAAAUUUGGAAGACCCUUCAGGAAGAGGCCUUGAUCUAAAAAUUGGUGGUGCCAGCAUUAAGGAUGUGCUUAAAGAACAAAGAUUUUUGGAAAAGAAAGUAGCCCUAAGCAGGAAAAGAAAAAGAGAGUCAAGACAUGAUGAAGAGGGCAGGAAGAAAAAAUGUGAACAGCCUGAGGAAGAUUUUGGAGAAUCUGAAAAGAUAAAUGAAAAUAGUGAAAAGUUGCCCUCGAGAGAAAUGAAAGCCAGUCAAGGCAAAAAUGAAGGAAAUAAAGUUGCUAGAAAACUUGCAGAAUCAGGACUUUCAACCGAUGAAAACAAAAGUGAAAUCAAGGUUGAAAAGGAACACAGGAGAAGAACAUCUACCUCUUUCCAAAUGGAGGGCAGCCAGGCAGACAUUGAACCGAAAUCUCAAUUUGACAGGGCAGAGGCCAGUCCAGAAGAACCUCACAAGCAGAGGAAUGCACUUAAAAAUGAAAAACAUAUUAAAAAGGAUGAUUCAGAAACACCAGGUGUUAAGAAUGUACUGAAGAAAGAGACUAGACCAUCAAAAGAUAAAAAUGAAAAAGAAAGAAGUCUUUCUGAAGACAAAUCAUUAAUGAAGUAUAAAUGUAAAGGAGAUAAUAUUCAGAAAACAAAUGAUGAUGUUGAAAAUGUACCAUCUGAGAAAACGCCGAGAAAUGAAGAGGCUGUUCAGAAAAAUAGUCAGCUAGCUAAAGUUUUGCCUGAUGAUAAAACUGAAAAGAAAAACAAGCACAGAAGUGAAAGAAAGACUUCCACGAACAGCAAAGAGAUGAAAAAUAUUUCUGAAAAAAAUGAAGAGAGUGUACGUAAAGAGAACAGCAGAAAAGAGAGGCAGUUUUCCACAGAAAAAUCAAAAGCAGAAUACAAAUCCAAGAAAUUGCCAAAUGAUUCUAGGCCACCAAAAGAGUCACAGAGUGCCUCAAAGUUUCAUGUUUCAUCCAUGACAUCAAAACGAAGCGAAGAAGAUAAGCAUGAUGCAGAAUCAUCCAACUUGGAUAACGCUUUAAGGCAAGGUGACAGUCUACACAAAGUCAGGCGAAGAUCAAAGAGUGCCUUAGAAGAAAGGAUCUUAUUAAAACCCAAGUCCAAGAGUCAUAACAAACCAGCCAAAAUACCUGAAAGUGAAUUACAAGAAAGUUUCUCCAGGCAGGAAUCUGUACAGAAAUUGGACAAAGAUAAAAAUACAGAAGAGAGUGAUCCAGAUAAACAGUGUAAGUUCAAACCUGAAAUGAAAGUUUUUGAAGAAAAUUCCACUGAAUUGGAAAUUGAAAGUGGAAUACAUUCACUUAGUAGUUCCCAAAAAGAUGCCAGUCAUAAAUUUAAGGUACAGUUGGGAGAAAAAAUAAAAGAGAGAAGUAAAAGUGAUAAAUAUUUGAGUACUUCCAGAUUGGAAAGGAGAUGGUCAGCAGACAGCCACAAAAGCAAAAGUUUUAAGCAUAAUAACAAGGAUGUGAAAAAGAAAGAAGAUGAAAGCAGAUUAGAAGACAAAAGCAUUAAAGAAGUAGAAAGCAGUGCAAAGAUGCCAGAAAAUCUACACACAGAGAAGAAGCCUAUUAAAAGAUUAAGUAAUGAACAUCGAAAGGUGAGUACAUCAACCCAAGAAAUAGAUACAAGAGAAGAAAAAAUGCCAGCGGUCACAAGCCCUUUCAUUGCUCUUCAGAAGACCACUGGGCACUUACUGUAUUCUGAUCAAACCCAGGAGCCAAUGGAGGAAUGUUGCAGUGAUACACAAAAUCAACAAACCCAAGUUGAGAAAGAAAGCAGUAACAAUUCACAGGGAGAAGCUAAACUGAAAAAUACUGUCAAAGACCAAACACAACAUAAUUUAAUGUCUGAAUUCAAUACAACAUUGCACUCAAAUUUCAGUAACUCUGAAGAAAAAGUGAAAGUUUUUUCUACUAAAGAAAUGGAUGUAUCAAGUGAUACCUUUAAGCAGACUGCAAAGGAUUUAUGUUCUGUUGAAAAACAACAAUAUCAUGUGAAUGCUGAUUAUGAAGAAAGUGAUCAGGCUUUACUUGAUGCUGCUCAUAAAAAUGAAAACAUAAAGUUCCAUAGAAUGACUGAGGAUGAUCAGAGUCCAAAGAACCUUACAAGUAGAGAUAAUCAAAGUUGGAAAAGCAGUUCUUCAAUAAAGAAUUUAUCAAAAGAAGAUGCACAUCAGAAAUCUAUGAAUAUAGAUCUUGCAGAAAUCAUAGAUCCUUCAGAUAAUGGAUCUGAAGAGGAAUCUUUGAAUAGAUCUUAUGUUAAAGAUACCAUUUCAGACAGUCAAGCACAUGCUGUUAAAAUGGAAUCUCAUGGUAGUAUUGUACUCAGUGCAAACAUGAUAGAAGAUAUUGCCAGUAUAAGAAUUAAAAACCCAGAAGACACAAUACAUUUACCUUCUAAACCAGCAGCUGAAGAAAGGAUAAGUGCUAUAGCAGGCAUUCAAGAAGUUACUGGGCAAAGAAGAACUGGAAAUGCAUUAACUAGUAUUCUAGAGAAUAAUAAUCUCACAGGCUCAGAAGUAGCAUCUGCAAAUGUAACUGCAAACAAAUCUGUUUUAAUCAACUUGGAGAAACUAGAAAAGGAUCGUUUCAGUGAGGGUACUGCAGAAUUCAAACCACAAACGGACAAAAAUCAGAGUAAUUUAAUAGAAUUAUCUUCAGGUUCAGUGUCCAAGAAUGUUCCAGGAAAAAAAAGCAAAGUAUCUGCACUAAUCAAAGGAGGAAAUGAUAUCAAAGAAGUUGCUGAAGAUAAUAAUGAAAGCAGUGUAGUAGGCAGCAGUGUAGGAGGUAGCCAUUGCAUUACUAUUCACAGUAGCAUGGAAACUGGUGCAAAUGUUAUAGGAACUAGCACAGAGACACCUACUGGAAACCUUGCCACAGCUGCUAGUAUUAGAGAAAACCAAGUUGAAGAAGACAUGUCAGAUUUGCUGACAGAAGGUGAAGCCAUCAUUACUUGCUCAGAAGAACAAAGAAAGGCUCAUUUAAGCUGUGCAAGUAUAGAAGCAGAUGAAGGUUUCACUUUGGGCCCUUGGAUCAAAAGUGAAGAAAGUGCUCAUUCUAUAACAGAAAAAGCUAUUGGUGAAUGGACUGUCACAGCGGCUGAAGAAAGUGGUGCUGUUAUGGAAGAGCUUGCAAUAUGUGAAAGUUCUUCAACCAGCACAAAGGAAGGAGAAAGUGGUGAAUGCAUUGUGAAUUAUGUAGAAGAAAGUACAAAACAGGUAGUCAAUGGAAGUGGAGAUAAACUUGAUCAAAAUGUGAAUAGUUGUGUAACAGAAGAGAAAGAUGAUGCUGUAACCAGUGCAAGCUCUGAAGAAAAAUGUGUGGCUUCCCACUGUGGUGAUAUAAGCAACUUUGAUAGUGGUGCCACAUGUAUUGGUGAAAUAGAAAGUGAUGGUGCUGUAACCAGUGCAGGUACUGAAGCUCAGAAUCAAUCCAUGAUUGGUGAAAAUCCAGAUGCAUUUCAGAGUAAUCCAAUUGGAGCUGAACAAGUUAAAGCAGCUGAGGGCACUGUCACUUGUACAGGUGUAGAAACUGAGCAUGUUGGCUCUGUUAUCUGUUCAGUGACUGGGACGGACUCACAGGAGAAUGCUGUAACUGGACUUUGCCCUGAAAUGGCAGAUAACAUAGCAACAAUAUCCCAUGCUGACAAAAGUGAAGACAUUGUAAAUGGUGAGAGUGCUGUCACUAGCACAGGAAUAACAGCAGAAGAUGAUCCUGCUUGUACUCUUUUGGAGGAAAGCCAGAAAGGUUUUGCAGGAGCCUUAGAUCCAGAAGAAAAAUAUCAACUUGCCACAGACAGUAUAGAAGUUAGAGCUGAAACAAACGCUACUGAGGUCAGCCAGGGUUCUUAUAUUGAUGAUGAAGGCUGUGUAACCAGCACAGGUGAAAAAGAAGAGGAUGAAGAAGGUGAAAAUUUUGUAACUAGUACAGGAAGGGGCAAUGAAGAAGGAGAACAUGUUUUGGCUUGUACAGGGACAGAGGAAAGUGGAACGUUGCUUAUUAGUAUGGGAGCCACAGAACAUGGAAGUUCCUCUGUCUGUUUGUCUGCAGACCAGCUUGGAACAGGGUUGGGUGAAUAUUCUUCAAAUGCAAAUAAAAGUUCUAUUGAUAGCAUGACAUGCUUAACAAAAGAAAUGAAGGUUGAUGGUGUUCACAACAAUAUAAAAGGGACUGUUGCAAGUAGCACCACUAGUGUUGGUAUAAGUAAGGAAAAUAUUAUGGCCUUUGUCCCCAAAAAAGAAGGUGAGUCUCUAUUUACUAAGACAUUUGAGUGUAACAGUGCACUGUUAAAUAGACAUGGUAUAGAUCAGCCAUCUGCUAGUGAAGAGAAGAGUGAGAGCACUGUAUCUUCCUUAGAUAGCAGGAAAUGUGGAGGCCUGACUAAGAUGGUCUCUAAGGAAGUAAAUAUAGUUUCAGCAUCUGCUAGUGAAAAUGAUAAAAGUGAAGGUGAGAUCAUCUCUACAAGUGGGGCCAAACUGUGCUCUAUCUCAGCACAUUCUGCCCAGUACAAUGAGCCACCAUUACCAUUUGUUGCAAGAACAGUUGAAAACUUAGAGAAAGCCACAAGUCUGAUAGCAACUGAAGAUUUCAGUUCUCCUACACCAAGUACAACUGUCAAAUAUAUGAAUCAAGAUGGAGAUGUUAUGAAGUCUAAUAAAGUUUCUACUAGUGUUUUAGAAGAAUUUGAAGCUCCAAUGCCAAGUGUAACAGUGAAAGAUCCUGGGACUGUACUUGAUACUACCAGAGCUGUAGAGAAGACCAGCAGUGUGGAAAUAUAUGCUGUUCAUAUACCCAGUGUAUCCACUGGAGGAAGUGAUGAAAUCCAGGUGAUUGGUGACAGAGAGGAAAGGGAUGAAUGUGCUACAAUUUCCACAAGUAUAAUUGAAGACAUAGAAACUCCUAUUUCUGAGGAAGGCAAUGAAGACAUUGCUCAAUGCUUUGAUCUAAGACUGGAGCAAACUGGUGAUACUGCCACAAUUUCAACAAGUUCAGUAGAACAUUUUGAGUUUCCUGCUGAGAAACAAAUUAAUCAGAUCUCUGGAACAGAAGGAAAACUUGUGAAUUUUGCUGUACCUGCAACUGAAGUAUGUGACAGACUUACACAUAGUGCAGUUGUGCCAAUAGAAACAACACAGAGAAGUGAAAAUACAAUGAUCUCCACAGAAGGAAUAGAAAAAUCCAAAACUGUUCAAGAAGCUACAAGCCAAAAGUCUGAAUUAGAUGAAAGCAAUAUGCCUUUAGUUACAAAAGGAGGAAUAUGUCAUGACCUUGAGUUCAGUAUUAGUAACAGCAGAUCUGAUCAGACGUGUGUUGCCUCAACUACAGAGAAUCUUGCAAAGGGCCCUGCCAGAUCAGGAGAAGAAAGUGACAGUGUCUCUCCCACUGCUGCCUCAGAGGAAGCUCCAUGUACAUUGGCAAGCACAGAAGUAGAAGAGAAAACUGAUACGCGCUCUGAAGAAUUGGAUCCCACCAUGUUGUCAGAUCUAAAAAACAAUAAGAAUUCAGUUGAGUUACCUAGUGAUGGUCAAGGAAUCCAGGAGGGGGAAGAAGGUAGAGAACCUUCAAUCAUAUCCAAGACUGAUGGCAAUACUGAAAGCAUAGAAGUUUCUGCAAAUACAGUGAAACCUGUUAAUGUAGUGGGUCUUCCCAGUACAGAAAUAAGUUUUGAUUCCUCUGUCUGUCAUGGGCUAUCCACUGAAACAUAUAUGCAUGGAAAUAAACCCCGAGAUGAUAGGCAAUAUAUUGAGGUUCUGUCAAAACCCGCUGUUCUGAUACUGGAAAAAGAAAUGUGGAAUGAGAAGAUAGACUUUGUUAUUCACCAACCAGUAUUAAAAACUGAACUUGUUGAAGAAAGAGAUGUCUCCACCCCUAAUUCGUUACCACUUGAAUUAGGAGGAAAUUCUGAGAACGCACAGCGUGGCAUUCCUGAUGUAAAUGCUAAAGUACCAGACGCUUUUCAUGGAAAUACAGUAAAAAAUAACGACAAUAAAGAGAUACUUACAUUUGAGACUGAAAGUCUGGAAGCAAGGAUGGAGGCAACAACUGAUGAGCAGCUGCCGUGUACAAGUCCAGAAAAGGAACAUCGCUGUGAAGAGAAACAGCCUGAAGAGGUUCUUAAAACCCUUGGAAGUGUACAUACUUCAGUCAUAAUAGAAGUGGCAGAAGAUCAGGUUCCUAAAGAAGAAUUAUUAGAGGUAGAAGGACCUGAACGGAAGGAAGAGAGCUUCAUGCUAGAAGCAACCAGGCAUCGUGCUGUUGAAGAGGGUAAAUCAGGUAGUGAUCCACGAUGUCAGGUUCUAGAAGAGGAGGCCAAACAAGAAAUUAACGAGAAAGAAACUGCCAGCAACUCAAAAGAAAUGCCUGAAUGUCAUGCUGUGCCUCAGAAACAUUCCUCAGAAGCUGUAAAAGAAAAAGAUGAAAUUAUUGGCAGAGGGGAUAUUUCUAACACUUCAGGUCUGGAAUCCAGUUUGAAUCCUGUUGAGGCAAGCAAUCUGGUACAGCAGCAAGCAAUAGUUAAACGAAAAAGAGGAAGACCUCGUAAAUAUCCUGUUGAAAUAGUAGCAGUGCAGAGUGAAGAUUCAGCAGUGGACACAGUCAUGAGGAAUGUACUGCAGUCUUCAGGCACCAGCAGUAGGCCAAUGAUUAUACCAAAAGUAAAGGAUUUAUUGAAUAAUAGACGCAAUGAAGCUGAAAAAGAGAAGACAGAGGUGGUUGUGCGGUUAAGAGGAAGGAAACCGAAACGGCCUCGUAUUUCAUCAGAGGAAACAGGAACAAACACACUUGAGCCAUCUAAAAAACGUCAGAAGCUAGGACCAGCCUCUGAAGAAGAAGUCAAGGGCCAGGAUGAAGGCAAGGAGAAAGGGGACAGUGGAGGAAACGGUGGUGAAACAGAUGGAGAUGACAUGCAUUCAGGAGCCACGACUAGGUCAGCAUCAAGAUUAGAAGCAGAAAGGAAGCAGCCAAACAAGCCAACAACCCGAGCCGCAUCCAAAAGUCAGAAUCCAGCCCCAGCUCUUCCUAAAAAUCGCCGGAAAUUAGAGAAGAAGCCAUCAUCUGCCACUGCAAAAGCAAACAAAACUCGUUUGGCCCAUUCAAAAUUUCAGCCCACCAAGCGCAAAAGGGAAGCAAGUCCCCCAGUGUCACACAAGAAGGAUCAUCAGAGAGAUGAGACUGACUUGAAAAAGUCUAAGCGGUAGUUGGAGCCCAUGUCAAUGGGGAUGCGGGGUGGGAGAGGACUUUCCCUGCUCUGUAAAGCUUGGGGGGGGGGUUGCAUGUGUUUAUUUCUAAGGUGUAACUUAUAAUGCAUAUGUAAUAUUCUAAACAGCUUUAUAAACUAUUUGUUUAUGCAGAAGAUGGUAUGCAUUAGAGAAGGUUACUUUGUGUCCUGGGGGAAUUUGCUGAUGCUUCCAAUCCACUCUUCACUAGUGGCCUCUUAACACCUUUUGUAUAUACAUCAUUUAUUUAAAAAAAAGAUUGUAUUUUACUGUGUAUGAACUUAAUGGGAACACUUUAUUGAACAGCAAGAACUGGUAUAAUAUCCUCUUAUGUUAAUUGUUUUAACUGGAUUAUUAAAUGUUGUGCUGCCAUGGUUAGCACUGGGUAGGACCAGGAGAAAAGCGGGAAGCUCUUUUUCAACAAAACUGACAGAUCUCUGCUGAUUGGGCUCAGUACUUUCUCGCCAUAUUCGAGUCAAGUAGGUGGGCAUAAGGAGAGCUUUGUUCCUUCCUUGUUGUGUUUGUAACUUUCUCUAUGCUAAGAGUUAAAAGUGGCAUUUACAGUGUUGAGUUCAACGUGCCCUUUCCCUUGGAAAUGUAUUCUCACUUGUAAAAUUUCUCCCAGUGUCCCAGCUAGAAUGCACUUUCAUCUGAGGGGCAAAUCACCUCCAUGUGGAGCUCUUAAUUGUUCUUCUCCCAGUGCUUUUCUUUCUCCAUGGAAACACUGAAAUCAAGAGGACUUAAAAGAUCAGCAGUGUGUCAUUCUGCACCAUUUAUCUUAUACUUUAUCCACUAGUAUUAAAGAGAGCAUAGAACCUGGUCAGUUGUCCAAAAUCUUAGUAGACUUGCAUUUUACUCUCUCAAGAACAAAUCUUCAAUUUGAGUUCCAUGUAAAGCUUUUUUAUUGUUAUCAGCAUUUGUCUCUUGAAAGGAUGUAAGUUGCCAAAUACUCUGAGAUUAUUUUAAAAUGUUCAUAUUCAUCUUUUAUAACUAAAAUCAGCAUUGAUUUUUUAAUUGUUUCUUUUGUUUGGGGGUCUUCUGUUGUACUGUGGAAUUUUCUGUCAAAUAUUCUACUUUGUUUCUUAUUAAAUUUUUAUAUAUAAAUUAUAAAACAUUUCCAAAACUA